AUGGCGAAACGGAAACAGCCUGUUCAGGAGGACCCGGUCAUCCACGACCUUAGCGACUUUGUGGAAUUCAACAUCACCAAGGUACUGUACGACGGAACCAAGAGAAAACGAGCAACUUUGUAUCUAGUCAAGGUUCGGGCAGCAGCGACAUCUCAUCGAGGCCGCAAAGCAACCCGGAAAUCAGCGGCACCGUCUGCUAGGGAGAGCGGGCUGUACGUGCUCAAAAUUUUUCCCGAGUCUGUUGCCAAUCAAGAUGACUACAAGAGAGAGCUCGCAACAAAUGUUGUGCUUGGUCGCAGCUUUGCUCUGCCCGAUGCCCAGAGUGCUUGUGACACCAUGACAGUUGCAUCUGGAGACUUUCCCGCAAGCCGAUGGCCACGCUGCUUUGGUACUUUGCGAACAAGAAAAGACCCGACCCCUGGAACAUGGAUCCGCCGUGAUGCGAAUUCGGAUCAUAACUCUGCACUUCUUUUCGAGUACAUCCCUGAUCUCGAACUGCUCACCCGUGAGCUGGUGACAGAGGAGCUUUCUCAAGAGUACAAACAGGUCCUUGCAGACCUCCAUGCCUUGCAAAUUCUUCAUCGGGACCAGAUUCUCUACGCCGCAUGGCCAGAAAUUGUUUUCAAUAACCUAUUCCUUCGACCGAACAAGAUAACUGGCAAAAAAGAAAUUAUGAUACUUGAUUUUGAUAAGUCUCUAGUACUUGGUAAUAGUGCUCGGGACAAGAUGCUUUUACGAAAUGAGGCACAGGAAAUGGCGGAAGCCCUUGAUACAGCACUAUCCAAGAAGGAUAUGCUGCAAUCAUUGCCGAAGGAAGUAAAAAGGCUACUGAAAUAA